UUAAUUAAAGUUUAAAUAAUGGUGAAAUGUUGUCCAUUAAGAUUAACAGUAGUCAUUUUAACAUCACUUGGUUUUGCUAUUUUAUACGGUAUAAGAGUAAACAUAGCAAUGACCAUAGUUCGUAUGGUGAAACGAACGAAUGGAAAUAAUUCAAAUAUUAGUAAGAUUAUUGAAGGUCCAUGCGGGAAUAGAACAGUGAAUAAAAAAGAUUUAAAUGAAGGGGAGUACGAGUGGUCAAAUGAACUUCAAGGUGUAAUUCUAAGUUCUUAUUAUUGGGGUUACAUGGUAGUGAUGAUUCCUGGAGCUAGAUUAUCAGAAUUAAGUAGUGUAAAAUGGGUUUGGUUUGGGGCUGUAGUUAUAAAUAUGAUUGGUAGUUUAAUCACCCCGAUUUGUGCUGAUUUUCAUUAUGGUGCAUUAUUAGCAGUAAGAAUAAUGCAAGGUUUCGCAGGUGGAAUCUUAAUUACUGCAAUGCCUUUAAUUUUGGGACGAUGGGUACCUGUUCAUGAACGAAAUACCAUGAGUGGAAUAACAUUUUCUGGGGCUAUGGUAGGUUUGGUAGCGAGUACGGUUACAACUGGAUUAAUUGAGAUUCAUUUAGGAUGGAAAGCUGUUUUUUACGUGAUGGGUGGUGCUUGUGUACCGUAUUUAAUAGCUUGGGUUGUUUUUCUUGCUGAUUUUCCCGAAAAGUCUAACUUAAUAAAUCAAGAAGAACUCGAAAUGAUUUUAAACUCGUUGGGGGACACAAAAGGAGGGUAUAAAAAGAAAAUCGUUAUCUAUUGGAAAAGGAUAUUUAAAUCGAUACCUUUUUGGGGGUUAGUUAUCACUCAUGGUUGCGCAAAUUGGGUUGGGUAUUUUCUUGCAACAGAUUUAGCUAUUUACAUGGAUAAAGUUUUUCAAGUAGAUAUGGAUUACAUCACUAUUUACAUAGCAAGUGGUGGUACUGCAAGUUGGAUAUUUAGCAUAGCUUUAGGAAGAACUCUGGAUUAUUUAAGAAAAUAUAAAAAUUACACACAAACAACGUCUAAGAGAAUAGCUACGAUAGUUAGUUAUGGUCCCAUGUCAACGUUCUUUUGUAUCAUGGCCUUCGUUGGUUGCCACACUACUUUAGGCAUCGUAUUAUGUAUACUCAUUUAUAUGGCAUUUGGCGGAACUUAUUGCGGUUGGUUAUCGAACCAUGUCGAUAUCGGCCCAAAAAUCGCAGCAACUUUAAUGGCUUUAACAAACACAGUUGGUACAGUUUCCGGUAUAGUUGUACCUAUAUUUGUCGGUGCGAUUAUCGGUGAUGGUUUGGACAUUAAUUCUUGGUUUAUUAUUUAUUUAGUAACCGCUGGUUUCGCUAUACUUGUCCUUUUAUUUUUUUUGCUUAUGUGCUCGGGUGAGAAUCAAAAUUAUUAUGAUGAAGUUGAAGUUACAUCGAAUUAGAUUUAUAUAUUUUUUGUUUACUCAAAUAGAUUUAUUUAUCAAU